AUGGAAGACCACACUUUUGUUGUUGGUCAGGAGUUCCCUGAUGUCAAGGCCUUCCGUAACGCUAUUAAGGAAGCUGCCAUUGCACAGCACUUUGAGCUGCGUAUUGUAAAGAGUGACCUUAUCCGUUACUUUGAUAAGUGCGCCACAGAAGGAUGUCCAUGGCGUAUUCGUGCAGUUAAGCUUCCCAAUGCUCCAACUUUCACAAUUAGAAGUCUUGAAGGAACACAUACUUGUGGGAAAAAUGCACAAAAUGGGCACCAUCAAGCUUCUGUGGAUUGGAUUGUGAGUUUUAUAGAGGAACGACUACGGGAUAACAUCAAUUACAAACCAAAGGAUAUAUUGCAUGACAUUCAUAAACAAUAUGGGAUCAUCAUACCAUACAAGCAAGCUUGGCGUGCAAAGGAACGGGGACUUGCUGCUAUUUAUGGCUCUUCAGAAGAAGGAUACUGCAUGCUUCCCACAUUUUGUGAGCAAAUAAAGAAAACAAACCCUGGAAGUAUUGCAGAGGUAUUCACCACUGGUGCAGAUAACCGUUUCCAGCGGCUGUUUAUUUCCUUUCAUGCAUCCAUAUGUGGAUUCUUGAGUGGAUGCUUGCCUAUUGUUGGGCUUGGUGGAAUCCAGCUUAAAAGCAAAUACCUUGGUACUUUGCUUUCAGCAACUGCUUUUGAUGCUGAUGGUGGUUUAUUUCCUCUUGCAUUUGGCAUUGUUGAUACAGAAAACGAUGAUAGCUGGAUCUGGUUCUUAUCAGAGUUGCAUAAGGCUUUGGAGAUGAAUUCUGAGAAAAUGCCACAGCUCACAUUUCUAUCAGAUGGUCAAAAAGGCACUUUAGAUGCAGUAAGGAGAAAGUUCCCAAAUUCUUGUCAUGCCUUUUGCAUGCGCUAUCUUAGUGAAAGCAUUAGCAAAGAGUUCAAGAACUCAAGGCUUGUCCAUCUUCUCUGGAAAGCUGCAUAUGCUACAACUACGACUGCUUUUAAAGAGAAAAUGGCUGAAAUAGAGGAGGCUUCUCCUGAAGCUGCAAAGUGGAUACAACAAUUUCCUCCCUCCCGCUGGGCAUUGUUGUAUUUCGAAGGGACACGUUAUGGGCACCUCUCAUCAAACAUUGAGGAUCGGUGGAUUCUUGAUGCUCGAGAGUUACCCAUAAUACAGGUGGUUGAGCAAAUUCACAACAAAUUGAUGUCUGGAGUUUGA